AUGAUACUUAACAUUGGAAGUGGGGAAGACACUUCAUUAUGGUACCACCACUGGGUGGGAGAUUCUCCUAUUUAUAAAAUCCCAAACAUUAGGAUUCCUGAUAGUAAGGCCCACUGGAGAGUCUCUCAUAUUAUUAAAAAUAGCACCUGGGACCUUUCUCAAAUCAAUCAUCUUCUUCCCAACUACCUUUGCAAUCUCAUUCUUGCUACACCUUUAUCUUCCAUUACUACCAGAACUGAUAGCUUAAGAUGGACCCUUGAUAAGAGUGGAUCCUUCUCCAUUAAAAGUGCUUAUCAUUCCUCUUAUGUCCCUAAAAAUAUGAACUGCACUAUCCAAAUUUGCUGGAAAAAACUUUGGAAAAUUGGAGUCCCUUUCAAAUACAAAAUGUUAUUAUGGAACCUUUGUCACUCCAUUCUUCCAGUAGCUGAUAUCCUAGCCAGGAAAGUUCCAGGAUUAGAUCCCAUAUGUGUUAGAUGUUUUGAAUCAGUGGAAAACCAUCUUCAUCUCUUUAGAGACUGCCAUAGUUCUUCAACUCUUUGGUCCAUGAUCUUUCAGUUCCAGGGACAAUCCUUUGAUUUGGAAUAUAAUCUAUUCUACUCUAAAAACUGGGAUGAAUGGAUUACCUACAAUCUCUCAGGUUCUUCUCAAUGGAAGAUCAUUUUCUGUAUUGCUAUUUGGCAUAUAUGGUCCUAUAGAAAUAAAGCUGUUUUUUAUUCUAAAAUGGGAAAUUCCUCUUCUUUUUACAAUAAGUUUUGGGUGGAUUAUAAAUGUACUAAUAAUAUGGGACAGAUGGAUAAAGAGAUGCAGUGUCUGAAAAAGGAAAGGAGGUGGCUAGUUCUUCAAUGA